AGUCCACUGCAGAGAAGAGUGUUUACAUGCUGUGCACUCAAACAACUCAGUUUUCCUUGCCCUCCACUCACUGUCCCAUUGCUGUUACUUGCCUUUACUUCUUCUCCCUGGGGUGCAAAUUUGUUUGAUCUGCCUUCAGAAUGAAGUUCAUCCUCACUGCACUGAUCUUUGGCAUCUCCCUGGCUAUAGGGCAAGGCACAGAAGAGGCAAUGCAAGACCACACCACUCAACAAUCUGUACUGCCAGAGGAAAGCUCUUUCUCCGAUUGGGGGAUUGGGGCCAUCCGGGGUAGCUUUGAAGCUGUUAAUGGCUAUUUAGAUUUUGUCUCCGAGCUGCUAGGAGGGAAGAAUGGGGUCUGUCAAUACAGAUGUCGAUAUGGGAAAGCACCAAUGCCCAGACCAAAUUACAAGUCUCCAGAACCUAAUGGCUGUAGCUCCUAUUUCUUGGGUCUAAAGGUACCAGAAAGUCUGGAUUUUGGUAUCCCAGCCAUGACUAAGUGCUGCAACCAGCUGGAUAUCUGUUACGACACCUGUGGUGCCAACAAAUACCGUUGCGACGCCAAGUUUCGCUGGUGUUUGCAGUCCAUCUGCUCGGACCUUAAACGGAGCCUUGGCUUCGUCUCUAAGGUGGAAGCAUGUGAAUCAAUAGCGGAUACAGUAUUCCGAACUGUCAAGACCUUAGGCUGCCGUCCCUUCAUGAAUAGCCAAAGAAGUGCCUGCAUUUGUAAUGAGGAAGAACGAGAUGAAUUGUGAGGGAAGCAGCAAGCUGCCUGAUAGUGUCGACUCUGGCUUCGUGAGUCUCUUCAUCAGAAGAGACUCCGUUUUCUUCCACCCUUGAUAUGGGUGCGAUUUUACACUUUUGAUAACGGCAUGGGUAGGGAAGCAGCACAUUGCAAUGCAGGUGCAUUAAUUGUAAGUUUGUAAGGUGAGACUGAUUGAGAAAUUAAUGCAAAGCAGGAGGUUGCCUUGGCCUGACACUCCUGCCUGUUCCAUCUGUUGACGUCUCCCAGCUUCUCAGAGCAUCUGCUUGACUUAAUGCCAGCCCUCAGUGAAGAUUGAAUGAGAUGUGUACAAACAUUCCAGACAUGACAAAGGAUGCAGAGACUGUGGGAUGACACUGACAAUAAUACAUCUCUGCAGCAAAUAUGUGCACCACAUGGAGCUACUUCUUUCACCUGUCGCUGCCUUCUGCCAUAGCUUUUCAAAUGGUGUGAACCCCACACAACUGGGAAAACAGUCUUGGAGAACAGAUUGCUGAAGAGGUUGUGGGAAUUUAGCUUUAGGACGAAGGAAUCAGAUGAAUGCAAUGGCAAGAGGGCAUUCUUUACUGGUUUCACAAUAGUCAUUAAUUUUAUUUUCCUGAAGUAACUACUCUACUUGAAGAAACAACAUACAUACCCCGUUUUAUAACAAGAAAAGAAAGGAGCAAACCUUCCAAACAGAGGCAGUUGUAAAUCUUUUAUUUCAUUGCAUAUGUAGUUUAAGAUAACAUCAGAAAUUGCCAAUAACUUCUGGCUACUUAUAAUUACUAUUAUUUUACAACUCCAUGUGGUAAACCUAAAUAUAUUUGUAUAAUAAUUCUUGUUAUUCCAAAUAUAUCUCUUAGAUGUUCCAGAUCA